UGGACUCUGAAGGGGAAACUUUUGCAGAGCAGUUCAAGAUAGAAACUUUGAGCAGAGAGAAUGAGAGAGGAAAUGUUGGAAAGAGAGAACGGUGUGGAGUUGCGUGGAGACCCAAGGCUGCAAGGCAUAUAUGAAGCUAUUAGAGUUGUUCCUCAUUUCCCAAAAGCAGGAAUAAUGUUUCAAGAUAUCACGACACUUCUACUCGAUCACAAGGCUUUCAAAGAUACUGUUGACAUAUUUAUUGACCGUUACAGAGAUAUGAACAUCACAGUUGUGGCUGGAGUUGAAGCUAGAGGAUUCAUGUUUGGCCCUUCAAUUGCCUUGGCUAUUGGUGCAAAGUUUGUUCCCCUACGAAAACCUAAAAAGUUGCCAGGUGAAGUUAUAUCGGAAGAUUAUGUGUUAGAAUAUGGAACUGAUUGUUUACAGAUGCAUGUUGAGGCUGUUCAGCCUGGGGAGCGUGCAUUAAUCAUUGAUGAUUUGGUAGCCACUGGUGGGACCCUUUCUGCUGCAAUUAGACUUCUUGAACGUGUGGGGGCUGAAGUAGUCGAGUGUGCAUGUGUUAUUGGGUUGCCUGAGAUUAAGGAAGAACGAAGGCUAAGCGGGAAACCAUUGUAUGUACUUGUGGAGCCUCGCCUAUAGAACUUGUUUAUUGAGAAUCUCAAGAAAGAAGAGGAUGAUUGGUUGGGGGUACAAAUCAAAAUGAUGUUUUUACUGUCUUAACCAACACUCAGUAAGGAGCUGUUGCUCUUCAGUCUAGGCUUCAUUGUUUCUUCCCUUCAGAACUAUUCUUUUAGUUGGGCCAUCCCUCUCUUUGAAAAUUAUAACUAGUUGCAUCUUCACAGUCAAUUUCUCAUCUGAAGUGAGAUUCCUGUGAACUUGGAACACAUCACUCGUGAAUCUUUGGUCACUAGGGUGGGAGAAGAGGUUUUGCCCCUCUAUUUACAGUUCAGUUACAUGUUAAGGGGUAAUUGUUGGGUACCUAGAAUUCAAGUGCUUUGUCAUAUUUUAAGAUAAUUGUUCAAGUGGCA